AUUAAUGGUGGUAACAAUUAACAUACUUGUCAGUUUGUAUUUGAAACGAAUCGUAUCAGUGGUGCCGUUUGUUGUUUUUUACUUGGUCUCUCUCAGUGUGGAGAUUCGUCAAGAGCUUCUUCAUGACAUGUCACCGUGUGUGGCGUGUUGGUUUGACCAAUGAGUCCGUGGUCUACAGGAAGUGGAUAAGAAGCCUGACGUUGAUUGACUUGUAGCGAAUUCGAGCGGAAUACUUGACAACAUGUUCACAAUUCCACUCAAAUGAUAAUUUGGGUGUGAUCGUUUAAGGGACGAAAGUGUGGCGAUUCAUCGUAUAAAUUUGGUAGUCACAAUUUAUCCCGUCCGAAAGAAAGAAAAAAACAAAUCAACUUUCAUACAGUAGUAGACGAGCUUUAUAAAAUCUCAAUCUCUUCGCUCUGUGUACAGUUUUGUGGGACAAUGUAGUUAUAAAUUUUUAACAACAACUACUCAGAGAUUGUGUUCUAUGAGGGCUGGUCUUCUUAUAUGUUUCAUUUUCUAAAGUUUAAUAAACCUUCCGAUUUUGUUUUGAAAGAUGAAUUUAUAAAAUCUAAUAUUCUAUGGAUACUGGUAAAAUCACAAUCGUUUCCAAGCCAUUUUGUUAAUUAAAAGAGUAAUUUGAUUGCAUCUGCUUUCCAAAGGCAUCAUGAACGUCCUUGCUGUUCUCUGUGUCUUCGCCCCUCUGGUGAUGAGCCAGCAGGUUUCUGAUCCCACCAAAGUUUGCCUGCCAAAUCAGCUCUCUGGCCUGGCUAUCAACCUCAUCGAUGAACGACCGGCCAACUUCUCGAUGGACUUCGGUCUGCAAAAGGUUGCUGCUCAGAACGACACAAACCGAUACGUCAUUGACCUUGCUAAAAACCAAGGCUACGCCUUCGAUGCUCAAGACACCUGCACGAAAUUCCCCCUGGGACUCUUCUCAAGGUGGUUCCAGUGUCUCCCCAGUGCCGCCGUGUUCCAGACCCAAAUCGAGGCUGGUUUGGGCUCUGUCAGUUACAUCGCUGACCUAUACGAGAUUAAUGUCGGCGCUAACGUCUCCGCAGGGAUCUUGUUGAGCAGGGAGAGCACUUACAGCCUGCCUCUUCUCAGGAGAGACUUUUUCAACGGUGAGCAAAGGCUGACCCUCUUCGCCAACCCCAAACUGGGAGUGAGCGACCCAACAAUCUUCAACGUUCCAGCCAACUGCUAAUUCUUAUACUCUUGUCACAGGUCGACUCUCCAGAUACCAUAGUGGCAUAAGAUUAGAUGCAUGAAA